AUGGUGAAACUAAGGUUAGGAUUUUCCCUUAUUCUGUUGAAUGAAUUGAGCAAUGUGCAGGGAUUCUCCACGUCUAGUACGGCUUCCUGCUCUUCAGGAGCAUUCCAACAUGACAUGUCCCUCAGAACGACGGCGGAUGUGCACCUUCCAUCUGUUACCACCAGACGAUCAUCCAGCAGCACUGCUUUGAAUAUGGUAAAAGAAGCCACGGGCGUUCCGCAGCUGGAACGGCUGUCCAAUGAAUGCAUCGAAGCCAUUAAGCAAGCUCAAGAUUUGGGAAAUAGCAUUGGAUUGACGGGGUUGCGACCGGAAGUCAUGUUUGCAGGGAUGGUCUCCAAACCCGAACGGGCCAAAAGGACGCUGGAUCAAUAUGGAAUCACCAAGGAGGAAGUCCGUGAAGCUGCUCUCAAGACGUUGCAAUAUUCUUCGGGAAUAGAGUUGGAGGGACCUAAUGCAAACAACGGUGCCCUUCCAUUUUCGGAUGAUAGCAAAAUGAUCUUGACCAAGGCAUCUCAGAUUGCCGAUGGAAUGGAAAGUGAUGCGGUUCGAUCCGAACAUGUCUUGCUAGCUCUCUUUGGUUACAAUAGCGGUAAUCCUAUUGAGACGGUUCCUGUCUUUGAGGUCUUGGCUGGUAUGAAGGCCUUGACCCAACGAGAUACUGACUUUUCCAUUACCAAGUUUUGUGAUGACUUGGUCAACUCGCUCCCGUUGAUUUCAACCGAUGGAGGGGGCAUUGUCCGAGAUAAUGUUGUCAUUGGCGGCGGAUCUGGUAAUACCAAUACCCUUGCCGAAGUUGGUGUGGACUUGACGCAAAUGGCGCUCGAAGGAAAGCUGGACAUGGUCUUUGGACGAGAUAAGGAAAUCCGAACGGCGCUUCGAACCCUGGGGCGUCGCCGCAAGAAUAACCCCUGUCUGAUUGGAGAUCCAGGUGUCGGAAAGACGGCAGUGGCCGAGGCAAUUGCCCAAGUCUUGGCCAAUGGAAUUGAAGAAGCCUUGGGAAAGGCUGACAACGCCAAGCCAGCCAACAAGAUCCGACAGCGCAUCGGAAAGAUAUUUGGAAAAGGAGGAAAAAAGGAAAAGGAACAAAUGAACGGCGACUCUUUCGACGAAAUCGACUACGAACUCCCCAAGUGUCCGCGGUCUCUCCUUGGAGCAAGACUCAUCAGUGUGGAAUUGGCCAGCCUUGUCGCUGGAACUGCCAACCGUGGUGACUUUGAAAAGAAGAUCAAGGAACUAAUAAAAGAGGCGUCCGAAAAUAACAUCAUUCUAUUCAUUGACGAGAUUCAUAACUUGAUCGGUACUGGUGGCGGUGGCGAUGGUGCCAUGAAUGCUGCCAAUUUGCUCAAGCCCGCCUUGGCUCGUGGUGAAUUGCGUGUCUUGGGUGCCACCACAACUCCAGAAUACCGAAGGUAUAUUGAAAAGGACGGAGCUUUGGAACGGCGAUUCCAACCAUGUGAAGUCAAGGAACCAACCGUGUAUGAAACCUUGGACAUUUUGGGUGCGAUUUCUCCCAAAUACGAACAAUUCCAUGGUGUCGAGUAUACCUACAACGCACUUCUUUCGGCUGCCAAGCUUUCCAACCGUUACAUUAGCGACCGAUUCCUUCCCGACAAGGCUAUUGAUCUGAUCGACGAGGCCGCAUCCAUGAUCAAGAUGAGGGAAGAUGGCGAGACCUUUUUUGUGACUGAAGAUGCCAUUGAAGAAGUCAUUUCCGAAAUUAGUGGCAUUCCACUCGGCAAACUAGACACGGACGAGAAAUCACGUCUGAAAAAUUUGGAGGCAGAACUGGAAAAGAGAAUCAAGGGACAAAGUCCAGCCGUUCGAGCUGUUGCCAAGUCAAUUCGUCGUGCUCGCAGUGGCAUGAGAGAUGGAAGAAGACCGGUUGCCAGUUUGCUGUUUUGUGGUCCCACCGGUGUUGGAAAGACUGAACUCUGCAAGUCAUUAGCGGAGACUUAUUACGGACAAGAAAAGGAUAUCAUCCGUAUCGAUAUGAGUGAAUAUAUGGAUCGUUUCUCGACAAGCCGUUUGAUCGGAGCUCCCCCAGGCUACGUUGGAUACGAAGAAGGUGGACAAUUGACCGAAGCUGUCCGCCGGAAACCACAUUCCGUCAUUCUCUUUGAUGAGAUGGAAAAGGCGCACGAAGAUGUCCUCAACUUGUUGCUGCAAAUCAUGGAUGAAGGUACUCUGACCGAUGGGAAGGGACGGACGAUCAACUUCAAGAACAAUAUUUUGAUCAUGACUUCCAACAUUGGAAGCAAGGACAUCCAAGAAGCGGCGAAGAGUGCCGGAUCAGAAAUUGAAGAGGAAUCCUUGACUGCUGAUAUCGUUAAGGUAGCUUUGGAAGAAGCCCUGCGACCAGAAUUGUUGAAUCGUAUUGACGAAAUUGUAGUAUUUGCUCCUCUUGCCUAUGACAACUUGAAGGCCAUUGCCACCAACUUGAUUGCUGACACUGUCAAGCGUGCCAAGGAUGAUCAAAGCAUUGAACUCAAGGUCUCGGAUAACAUUGCGGAAAUUGUCACUCGAGAAGCCUUGUCCGGUGCCAGUGUAUACGGCGCUAGACCCAUUCGCCGAGCCGUCCAACGAUUCCUGGAGGAUACGAUGGCCGAAGCCAUCAUGGAUGAAUUUGUCGCUGAAGGAGACAGCAUUGAAGUCGACUUGAAGGAUCCUAAUAGCGGCAAACGAGUGGUGGAAAUUAAACGUCUCUUGGAUGGCGUCACUGUCACUAUUGACGUGGACGAGGAUUCGGGAAUCAGCAAGGACAUUUUGGAGGACCAAGCAUUGUAUGGAGACCUACCAAAGUUGAACGAGCCGCCCAAACCAGAGAGCGACUCGUUCCAAUAG